UCACAACCCAGCAUUGUCGUGUUGUGUAAGAAUGGGUAAAAGAGAGAUACAAAGCUUUAUCAAAUGGGUACUGGUUCUCACACUUUGCCUUUUAACCCUAUGGGGAAGGAUAGCAUCAGCAUCAACACAUCACAGAAUUCAUUCAGUUCAUGUACAACCUGGCACUUGUGAAGUAAUUGCUGCUCACAGAUGCUGCAAUAAGAACAAGAUUGAAGAACGGUCACAAACAGUAAAAUGUUCCUGUUUUCCUGGCCAAGUUGCAGGGACUACAAGGGCAGCCCCAUCUUGUGUAGAUGCUUCUAUAGUUAUCCAGAAAUGGUGGUGUCAGAUGCAGCCUUGUUUAGAAGGAGAAGACUGCAAAGUUCUACCAGAUUUGACAGGUUGGAGUUGUAGUAGUGGGAACAAAGUCAAAACAACAAAGGUUACACGAUAGUGUCUGGAGUAUAUGCAGCGAACACCCAGAGGGUACAAAUGCUGUGACAGGCCAAAGUUCUACAAUGGCAUACUGUAUAACCCCAUGCAAAGUAUCUUCGUUCCAAAGCGUGGAUAUAUUUGGAUAGUAGUCCAAACUGACAUUAAAGAGGAGGACAAUAAUAAUGUACAAAGUAAAACAAAGGACCAACGUGAUGCCAUUUAAAGAGAGCAAGAAAUCUGCAACAACCCCUGUAGACUGAAUAGUUGCAAAAUGGAAUACAUGAAUCCAUUUCGAAACAUGUUGGACGACUCUGAAAUAAAAUAUGCGUAUUACAAGAGACAGUUUGUGUGCAGUAUACCAACACCCAAUUUAACUGUAAUUUAACUACUUUAUUUGAUCUUUGAUAUUUUAUUCUUUCCAAGAAGCUAUUUAGUUCUCUUUCACCAUGUCUACAGUUUAUGACUUGGAAAUGUGACUUUUUACCCUCCUGUUAAGUGAACGCUGAAGAAAAUGCAGUUUCUUAUAUGGUAAUUUGCAGUUCUAUUAUUGUGAAAGUGAAUAACAGCGAGUGAUUGGCAAAGCAAGCCAGGCCGAACUUAUCACAUGCCACAUAUAUAUUUUAGGUCAGUGCGUUUAUAUGGUAUGGAUUUCAGGAUGUGCAUAUUCUUGAUACAUGUCAUGAUUUUAAGGAAGAGCGUGUCAUACAUGUAAAAUGUUUUGGCCAAUAGCAAUAUUAUCUUUCCAUAUCAAUGUCCUUAAAUCCAAAGUGCUAAAUAUACAGUCUCAGACUAUAGCAUGGAGGUUUAUUAUUCUUUUUUAUAUACAAGUGUAACAUGUUUCAUUGGUAAUGUCAUAAACUGGGUCAUAGGUUGUGUUUUACAAAAGCAAAGACAAUGUGUUUUUUUUUUGCCUUA